AUGGCUAAAGACGAUAAAGAUAAGAAGAAGCCAACCACUACAAGUGAGAAGAGUGAGGAGGAACUUCAUGGUGUUGUCUUGGGUGACAGUUUCGACAGACGUUUUGCACCAAUCACUUUAGAUAAACCAAGAACAUUAUUGCCAUUGGUAAAUAUUCCAUUGUUAGAUUAUACAUUGGAGUUACUAGCUUCGUCAGGUGUUCAAUCGAUUUUUGUAUUGUGUUGUGCACAUGCCGAUCAAAUCAAGAAAUAUAUAGACGGUUCGAGAUGGUCGAGUCUACCGGGUGUCAAGGUGACACCGAUUGUCGCUCAGGGUUGUAAGAGUACCGGUGACGCUCUGAGGACAAUCUUCAGUAUGAACAUCAUUCAGAAUGACUUUGUAUUGAUCAGUGGUGAUGUUGUUUCCAACAUGAAUCUAUCGAAUGCAUUGAAAGUUCACAAUGCUCGAAGACAACAAGAUAAAAGUAAUAUUAUGACAAUGGUAUUCAAACAGGCAUCACCAUCGCAUAGAACUAGAUCGAAACAAGACGACAUUGUAGUUGGAUACGAUAGAAAUACAUUGCAAUUGGCAUGCUAUGAGAAUACACCAAAGAAGUUAAAGGUUGCACUCUCCACCGAUCUCUUCCAGAAGCAUCCAUCCAUUCAACUUCGUUACGAUUUAAUUGAUUGUCAUAUUGAUAUUUGUUCACCAGAAGUAUUAGCAUUGUUUAAUGAUAAUUUCGAUUUUGAAGAUCUUAGAAAAGAGUUUAUUCACGAUAUUAUGCAAUCGGAUGUGUUGGAUUAUAAGUUGAGUACAUAUAUAUUACAGGGUGAGUACGCUGCGCGAGUGAAGGAUUUGCGUACCUAUCACUCGGUGAGCAAGGAUAUCAUUCAUCGUUGGACAUUCCCAAUGGUGCCAGACAACAACUUUAUGUGUAACACCAGCUACACUCUGUCGCGUCAGAUGAUCUACAAGGAGCGACACGUCACUCUGCGAUCGGACUGCUCAAUUGGCGAGGAAACCGUCAUCGGUAAGAACACCACCAUCGGUGACAAAUCGAGUGUCUCUCACUCUAUUGUCGGUCGUAACGUCAAGAUCGGUAACAACGUGCGUAUCAACGGUGCCUACAUCUGGGACAACGUUGUGAUCGAAGACAACACAACGAUUACAUCGUCGGUGAUAUGCGAUAACGCUGUCAUUGGUUCGCAUGUAACUAUUUCGCGUGGAUCGAUCAUCAGUGUCGGUGUGAAGAUUGGCGACAACGUUUUCAUUGAGCCGUUCACCAAGAUCACCGCUGUCGAGGAGCCAGACGGUGGCGAGAACAACGAGUUUGGCGACGAACCAACUUCGCCAAUGACCGUCGGUGCCAACGGUCUCGGUUGGCGUUGGACACUCAAGCAGAAUCCAUGGAAUGAACUCGUCCCAAUGACCGAAGAAGAGAUCGCAGCACUCGAUUAUAUCGAAGAGGACGACAACGUCGCCAUCGACUCGUCGGACGAAGACACCGACACUGAAGUGCAACCCGGUGGCGGCAAGUCAAGCGGUGGUGGCAGCAGUAAAGACACCGAUCUCGCCAAAUUCAAACGUGAAGUUGCACGUACCAUCAAACGUGGUAUCGCAGAGAAUCAUCCAAUGGAAACCAUUAUUCUGGAGAUCAACGGUCUCAAAUAUGCUUAUGAUAAAGAUUUUAUGGAUUGUGCAUCUGCUUCGUUACCAGUUAUUUUAGAAGUACCAAAUAGAGCAUCGAUGACACAAAAGGAUUUCGUAGCGGCACUAAAGAGUAGAAUACAAUCGUACUCAAAGAUUCUAGAGAAAUAUUUGUCAGAGGUUGACAUUCAAGUGGAUUUCAUCUUUAAGAUACAAGAUUACUGCGAUGAGAACGAUGAUAUCAAGAAGGUUGUACAUUUCGUGUUGCACGAACUCUAUAAUACCAAUGUUUUGGAGGAGGAAGCUAUUUUAUCGUGGGCCGAAGAGUUGGAAGGUGACAAAGAAGCAUCGGAAGAAGAUCUACAGUAUCUCAAGCAGUGCUCUCAAUUGAUCGAAUGGUUGAGAUCCGCCGAAGAAGAGGAAGAGGACGACGAUGAAGACGAAGAAUAUGAAGAUGAUGAUGAAGAAGAGUCAGGUUCUGAAUCCGAGGAGUCGGAAUCCGAUUAA